UGUUUAGCAAGAUGUGCGAAUACCCAAUAUAUUUGGGGUUUGACUUCCCCCAGCGAAAAACUACAGAUUACAUUUUUUUUGUCAGGAUGUAAAGGUUGAACUGGAGUACGCAGACAAAGUAGAGAAAAUAAUUGAAUAUGUUCCGCUGGUUCCCAAGAUUGGUUAAGUAUCGACUGGUCGAUUCAUGUAGUUCGCUUCGAGUGGAUCUGUGUUAGUUGGUUGCUUUUUGUGGAGACAGAAUCAUGCAUCAUCUACAAAUACAAGUCCCUUGAUAAAGAUUUGAUAUUGAGUCCAUGAGGUGAAGUUUCAAAACGCGUCAGCAGUGGGUGAAAAGGUCAUGGCGCUGCAAUUUCAACGAGCUCAAUCGGUUGAAGCUGAUUCUAUUCUAGCCGACCAAUGUGCACGCCCAACUUGGGAGUUAGGGACUCAGUGGUCUGAAGUCCAAUCUCGUCGAAAUGCACCCAUUCUAAGCCAAAGCUGGAGAUCACCUUAUAAAUGAGAGUCUCUGCGGCAUAGAAAUCAUAGUCAGUGCUCACUCAUCCCGUCCCCAAAUUUAUUUUCUAUCGGCUUGUGCCAAUUCACGAUCAGCUGCACGACGAUACAUUCGCCUAAAACGAGACUGACCAAAUUUGUUGACACUUUCAGAGAGAAUCUUUGGACCUUCGGAGAUAUAGCAAGCGCCUGACUUUGCGAACAAUCACCUGAAUCUUGCGCAGUGCCGUAUUCAUGCUUGAAAAGAGUAAUCACGUUUGAUGGUUUACUGUGUUUGAUAGCUUGAGUUCAGGGUAUUCAUUUGUGAGGGCUAUGUUAUUGUACACAAUGGACGUUCUUGCGCUUUCCUCUACAUCUGUGAAGACAAAGCUCACGUCAACUGCAGAGAGGAGCUCCAUAUAUUUGAGAUUAAAAGACUCUUCACCACCGAGAUUAUUGAAUAGCCUGCAGUGCCGAAGGAUGAAGUGUUGCAAGGUGAGUGCGGUGCAGAUCGAGCCUACGGGCCUCAAUGAAGGCUCACUGAUGGCAUUCGGUCGGGUGCCGGACGAUUUCAAUACCGCUCGUUCCCAGAUUACCCACAGCAGUCGCAUGGCGGAGUGCGUGUUAAUUUCAACCUCGGCGAGCAUGCAGUUUUCAAAAUCUGUGCAAGAGGCGUCAAGCACUCAUGCUGAGCUGAAGAAGCCUCGAAUCUUGACGCAGGACGCGGAGAAAAUGAGAAGAGAAAUGGUACCGUUGCACCAGCUGCGUCAGGGUGGCUUUGUUGACAACUCCUUGAUGUAUAGACAGAUUUUCGUAGUUCGUUCUUACGAAGUCGGCCCGGACAGGUUGAUGUCAAUCAGAGAAAUUUUCAGUUUAUUCCAGGAAACGGCACUGAAUCACGUGCAGCUCUUGGGGAUCGCCGGCGAUGGGUUCGGCGCCACUCGAGCCAUGAAUCGUUUAGGACUUAUAUGGGUCGUCACCAAAAUGAAAGUGGAAGUUAAUCGAUACCCCGUCUGGCCGGAGGUUGUGGAGAUCGACACCUGGGUCGCACACGCGGGGAAGAAUGGAAUGCAGCGUGACUGGAUUAUGCGUUCCUAUCAAACGGACGAAGUGCUUGCUCGAGCAACCAGUACUUGGUGCAUGAUGGAUGGUGUUACGCGUCGAUUGUCCAAAAUCCCCGACGAAGUGCGAGCAGAGAUAGUGCCUUGCUUCAUGGACGAUUACCCGUCUUCGUUCCGCGAGGACGAAGAAUCGCCGAGAAUCACUAAACUUGACAACACAACAGCCGAGAAUCGACGAUCGCAUCUCAAAUCCACGACGGCGGAUCUCGACAUGAACCAGCACGUGAACAACCUUAAGUACAUCAACUGGGUACUGGAUAGUGUCCCUGUCGAGCACAUGGAAAAACAUGUUCUGGCGAGCAUAUCGUUGGAAUAUCGUCGAGAAUGCCACAGCACCGACGUUGUGGAAUCUCUGACGAACUCCAAAAUGGACAUCCAAGGAAACGAUUCGGAUCCUUCACGACCAUGUGAGUAUGUCCAUCUCCUGCGGAAACAAGACUCAAGCAAUCAGGAGAUUCUGCGUGGCAUGACGAAGUGGCGACGACGUAGUGAUCCACUAAAUUGCUAACCCAUGCGAAACGCAUUUCCUCUGUAAAGAAUGUUUUACUCUCAGAGAUGAUAAUCGAUCUCAGUAGGACGUAGCUAUUGCUGACAUAGAUCCAAGCUUCCCUCAUGAAGAAACGCCGUCAGGAAGAUAGUUUACUUGCACAGAGUGCGUAACGAAUUGGUUACCAAAACUUUUAACAGGAAUCAUGAUUCAGUUUGCAGCUUAGUUUUUUAGAAAUUGUUCGAUAAUUGCUGGAUUGUAGCGGACUUCCUUUUCACCUCGAUGUUUUUGGGUCACAACUCUGGGCUUUAGACGAGAGGAAGAUCCCAUGUAGGAAACCUCUAAAGAAAACCAAUGCGGUCGAGCCAAUUAGAACACACUGAAUGAAUGGGCAAUUGACUUCCUUGAAGAAAAAUAUUUGGUUUUACUAGAGAAUAUAUUCCAUUGGCAAUCUGAAGUAUGGACAAGAUUAAAACCAACAGUUUUGUAUGCCUUCCAUUAAUAUAUAUCUACAAAAUAUUUAAUAUUUUGUAAAAAAUUAAGUUCUA